AGCUUCUCACAUGCCAAGCAAUGUUCUGCGGCACCUCGAGCUUCCACCACGACGCCGACGACAGCCCGUCGUCCUCUCCGAAGGCCGCAAAGAAGAAAUCCAACAGAAACAAAAACCCCUAUUCGUCAAGAGGCCUCGACAAAUUCACCUCCGUUCUCUCUGAGCUCGAAGCCAAGAGAGAGAAAAUCAUGGCGAGCACAGGGGCGCAAGGCAUCUCCAUGGUCCGAUUCAUGUACUCCAACUCCCAGGAUUGGAUCCCGAUCAUCGUUCGGAUCCGCGAAGAUCGCAACAACAACAACAAUCAAAUUGUCGCCGCUGGAGAGAAGAAGCACGAGGAGGUUCCGCCGCCGGCACCGGCGGCUACGACGCCGGCACCUGCGCCGGAGAAUAAGGUGGGCAGAAGGUUGUCCGAUAAAUCUCCGUGGUGGAAGUGGAGAUCGAGUUAUUUUAUGCCGGCGAUGAUGGUUUUGAUUCUGGUAUGUUUGGCGGUGUUCGGAAGAGUGUUUGCGAUCUGCUGUACUUCGAUUUGGUGGUAUUUGGUGCCGAGUGAUGAGGGCGAUCAAAAAAAGAAGAGAAGGGUUUCGAAGAAGAAGGAGUAUGUUAAGAGGUUGAGCGAUAAGAGGACGCUAUCGACGGCGACGGCGGCGGCGGCGGUGGGUCAGGGGAAGAAGAUUCAGGAAUUGGGGUCGCCGAGAGGUACUAAUAAUGCGAAGAAAGAGUGAUUUGUUAAAGAUUCAGAUCUUCUCGACCGGUGCAAUUAUCUCAUGUCAGUUCUUCAAUUUAUUUUUGAUGAUUGGGAUUGAAUUCGUCUGAUAAUUUUGACGGAUUCAAACUCAGCGGCUCAACGAAUUGCAGAGCUGGAAAGAGGUAAUUAGAGAGGAUCGAUCUGAGCUGUUCUUUUAUGUUCUUUGUUUUUAUUUUUUAAUGUUUGAUGAUGUAAAUUAUGACAA